AUGUGCAUUGAGAGGACAAGAUACGUAUCUGCGAACGCAAGAUUUGAAGUAUUCCGGACGUGCCCCCUUCGAGGGUAUACAACGGGCAACGGUAGAAGUACUUCGGAAAUCGGUCGACAAAGGCGUGUGAAUAACACACGUACGAAGAUCUCUUCAAAUGCCGUUGACAGCUCAACUGAUCAAUCAACUGGCACACUGGUGCUUUCUCGUAUGAGAAGAAACAAACACAGAGAUUGCAGCGGAAGUGAUUCAACUCUGCCAAAGGUGACAGUCCGCAAUGGUCCACCCUUCGAUGCCACAGUCGGUGGGAGAGGCCGAGUCAACGUCCGGCGUAUAUCACCACAAGAAAGAGGGAAUGGAAAAAAAUAUAGCACAGCCUUAUAUUCGAAAGUAUCACUGACGCAAUUAGAAGAGACUGCCAAACGCACUAAGAACUACAGAGAGGUGGCGCGUGUGGUGGAUAGGCUACUGGAUAAUAGAACUUUACGGAUGAGCGAUGGGGUGCUGGCCGUCAACAUAUACAAACAGAACAGACAACCAGACAAGUGCUUGCGAGUACUCACCUAUGUGUACGAUAACGGAGGAAGACUCAAUGCCUAUCAUUACACUCCGUGUAUUGCUGCUCUGAGUGCAAACAACGAGUUUGCAAAGGCGCACUUACUUUUUGAAGAGAUGCAAAUCCGUGGUGUUAAUCCGAAUGUGGUCACCUACACGAGUGUGAUCCAGGUGCUGCUGAAAGAAGGGAAAGCCAACAAAGCUAUAGCUUUGUUUCGUCGCAUGUCGGUCGCGGGUGUGGAACCAAAUGCGUGGACGUACUCAACACUAAUGUCUGUAUUCAAUAGAACAGGUCAGUGGGAAGAUGCGAUUCUUUUGUAUGAAGAAAUGGAAAGCAAAGGUCUCAAGCAUAACACUGUCACGUACAGCGCUGCGAUAACGGCCUGUGAAAAAGGUUCGCAGUGGAGUAAGGCGAUCGAGAUAUUUAAUGAAAUGGGGAGGGAGGGUAUUUUACAGGACACAAUAGCUUACAGUGCUACAAUUUCAGCAUGUGAGAAAGGAGGCCAGUGGCAUAAGGCAGUCGAGCUGUUCGAUGAAAUGGAAGUUAAAGGCAUUGAACAGAACACCAUUGCUUACAGUGCAACGAUAUCAGCAUGUGAGAAAGGACGUCAGUGGCACAGGGCAGUAGAGUUAUUUGACCAGAUGGGAAUUGAAGGUAUUGAACGGAACACCAUCGCUUACAGUGCUACAAUAUCAGCAUGUGAGAAAGGGGGACAGUGUAUUAAAGCAAUGGAUCUGUUCAAUGAAAUGGAAAAUAAAGGUGUACAGCGGAACACUAUCACGUACAGUGCUAUAAUAUCUGCAUAUGAGAAAGUGGGACAGUGGAGUAAAGCAAUGAAUCUGUUCAAUGAAAUGGAAAGUAAAGGCAUUGAACAGGAUACGAUUGCCUACAGUGCGGCUAUAUCCGCUUGUGAGAAGGGAGGCCAGUCUCAGAUGGCCCUUGCACUCUUUGAUGAGAUGGGCGACAGAAACAUAGAGAAAAUUGAAGGUAGUUAUGGCGCCGUCAUCCAGGCACUAGGUGCAGAUGGCAGGGAACAAUCCCGAAUUGAUUCGAUAUACAAUGACUUGAUUGUGAAUGUCCCUGCUUUUGCAAAAGAUUGGCAUGUUUUCAGCAGCACAGGUGUACUGGAUCUACAUGACCACACAGUAUUUAUGGCACAAGCUGCUAUCCGUCGACUAUUAAGAGAAUUGCAAACGCAUGGUCGCAAUACAACUCGAGCUCAGAACGCGAAACUGAAGUAUAUCAUUGUAGGUAAAGGUAACAAUAGCGCAGAACAAGCUGUUUUGCUGAGAGCAGUACAGACACAACUGGAAACAUUAACUCCUCCGGUUGCCUCUCACACGCUGCCAGCCAAUACGGGGUGUAUGGGACUGAACCAGAGUGAUUUAACGAAUUGGCUUAGGGAGAACGGCACUAGCUAG